AUGUCCGCGCAGCUCCUGCGUCGCUUGGCGCCGUCGCUCGCUACGUCGCGACCUGCGCGCGCUGCCGCUUCCUCCCGAUCCGACAGCGCUGGACUGGUCGCCAACAAACAGCUGCUGACCGAGACCUUGCGCGAGCUGCGGGCCAGCGAGCACUUUGACCUCAUUGUGAUCGGCAGCGGCCCUGCCGGCCAGAAGUGCGCGAUCGACAGCGCCAAACACGGCAAAUCCGUGGCCAUUGUGGACAAACGGGACAUGUUGGGGGGCGUCUGCGUGCACACGGGCACUGUGCCGUCCAAGACCUUCCGAGAGGCCGCGCUGCAUCUAACGGGCUAUCGUCAUCGAGCAUUCUACAACGGCCAAGCAGGACCGAGCAAGCGCUUUGGCGUGGAAGACAUCUUGCAGCGUGUGACCAAAGUCGAGAAAGCGGAGACGGACAUUACGCGUCAUCAGUUGAUGCGUAAUGGCGUGCAGCUGAUCACUGGCACAGCGAGAUUCAUGCCGGGAAACAGCCACAUGAUUGCAGUGCUGUCGAACGAGUCGUACGAGACGGCGACGGAUACGAAACGGCACUCGAGUGCAAACAUCUGCAAGCGUGUGCUAACGGCGGACAAUUUCUUAGUGUGUGUGGGCACUCGGCCGGCUCGUCGCCCGGACAUUCCGUUCGACGGUGAGACGAUUUUCGACAGCGACCAGUUGCUGUGGGGCAAGGUGAAAGCGGUCCCGCGCCGGCUGAUUGUUGUUGGCGCCGGGGUUGUGGGAAUGGAGUACGCGUCGAUGAUGACUAUCAUCCCUGGUACGGACGUCACGGUGAUCGACGGCCGCAAGGAGAUCCUCAACAUGGCAGACAAGGAGGUUUCGGAAGCGCUGUGCUAUUCCAUGGCACAGACAGGGACUCGAUUCCUUGUCGACGAAAUCAUCAAGAGUGUCGAGAAAUCUGCGAAAGGUGAAGUCCUCGUGCACCUGGAAAGCGGCAAGACUGUCGUUGGUGACGGUCUGCUGUACACGGUCGGACGCCAGGGUAACGUGGAGGGAUUACACUUGGAGGCAGUGGGUCUCACGCCGGACAAACGCGGGCGGAUUAUAGUCGACAACAAUUUCCAGACUGCCGUGCCUCACAUUUAUGCAGCUGGUGACAUCAUUGGGUUCCCGGGACUCGCAUCGACAUCGAUGGAGCAAGGGCGUCUUGCUUCUGUCCAUAUGCGCACGUCCAAGUCAUUUUACACGAAAGAAAUAUCGGAUGACAAAAAGAUGGAUGACCCGGAUCGUGUGCGUACUCGCAUGCGCUCUGGCGAGGUCUUUCCGUUCGGUAUUUACACUGUACCGGAGAUUUCGAUGGUGGGCAAGAACGAGCAGCAGCUCACAAGGGAGCAGGUUCCGUACGAGGUCGGCGUGGCUCGUUACGAAGAGCUGGCGAAGGGACAGAUGCUUGGAGGUGUGCCGGGCUUUCUCAAGAUCAUUUUCUGCCCAAAGACGCUCAAGCUGCUUGGCGUCCACGCUAUUGGCGAGGGCGCCACGGAGAUUAUUCACAUUGGACAGGUAGUCAUGUCCACAGAAGGUACCCUCGAGUACUUUCGCAACGCCGUGUUCAACUACCCGACGUUGGCCGAAGCCUAUCGCGUGGCAGCACUGGACGGCCUUCGGAAGGUCGAUCGCUCGCGCGAAUAA